AUGUUCCAAGCGAGGCCCCAACGGAUCGGAAACAAACAUACAGCAGCCCAUCACAAGGCCUCCGACGAUGAACAAACGCCGACGGCCACCAAUUCUGAUGUUAUCCACCAAAAACCAAGGAAUCAGUGUCGAGAGCAGGUAUAUGAUGGCAUUGAUUCCGGUGAUGACAAACGCGGAUUUUCCUUCAAAUCCAACCUGCUCGAAGAUCAAAGGAGCGUAGUAACCAACAAGAUUGAUACCAUUGAAUUGGGCAAAGAAGAGCGAGGAUGCACCAAUAGCAAUGACUUUGCGGUUCUUGACAACAGUGGCCCACCAGCUCCGCCGUUCAAUUUCGGACUGUUCUUUUUCGUUUUCAAUAAUGUGCUUGAUGGAAAGGAACUCUUUCUUGGCCUUGUCGGUAUCCGGAUCGUCAUCAUAGAAGAGCUUGAGGAUUCCGUAUCCUUCGUUGUCGCGAUCCAUUGCCAAAAGCCAACGCGGCGACUCGACAAUGUAAAAGCCACCGAAAAAUAG